CAAAGAAAGUUUAAUUUGUCAGUGUGACGACAGGGCAGAAUGAGACAGGGUUAAUAUGAGGAAGAACGGAGCGGUACGAAGUGGUACAUGACUGUAAAACGAGCGCGCACGCGGAUGAGUGCGCAUGGCGGCGAUGACGUAGCGCGCGGCUGAUGGCCACGUCCGGGAUCCGGACACGGGACACGGGAUUGUGCGUAACUGCGGGAAUAAAAAACUCACAGAAACAAACAAAACACGGUAAAAGAAAAAUCCUUAUAAGAAGUAGCGAGUUCGAUGUUCGAGCGAGAGUUAAGCGUGAGUAAUUCAUUUCAAACAUUAAAUAUUACAUUAUACCGAGCUCUCGAGCUCUAGUCACAGAUUAUAGCUAUGUUGAAACUCAUUUUCCGAUCCGGUGACAUGUUUUUUUUUUAAUUCUACUUAAUGAGGCGUCUUGAUACCGAGAAGCGCGCGAGACUGUCUUGGAGGAUCGCCGGGACGGAUGUUAAUCUUCUCCAGACAGGGAGGAGAGAAGUCAGCACUUCCCGCAUCCUCCACAGCGGAGCAUCCGAAAGGGCCAGUCAGCUCCAGCUCCACCUCCACCGCGGCCUGCUGAAGCCUCUGCUACCGCAAUGGCACACGGAUGCAGAGGGAUGCAGGAACGGCGCGAGAUGAGGAGCGCGAGCUCGAGUCCUGCGGUGAUGGGGCUACGGCAAACACUUACAGAACUUUGAUAAGAAAAAAAAAAAACUACAUAUAGCAUAGCGUACAAUGUUUUAUCGCAUAUGCGAGACGUAAGUGCGUUACCGAAUAUUAUCAAACAAAUGUGACGCGUUUAUUGACAGCUCAGUUUAAGCGACUCGAUAUACUGUCCCAGCGGUGAACCUGCCUCGCAAAAUCGCCAAAGUAACUCCCGGUCAUUUGGACAGUCUCCGGUUUUCUGUGAAAGUUCUGAUAUAAAAUGCCGUCACCGUCCGACUCGAGCAGCGCGGCGUCGCUUUCGGGCUCGCGCGCCUUUUCGGGGAGCCGCAGAGGCACUUCCGGCAGGGCGAGGGCGAGCGCGCGCGUGCUGCUCUACCUGGGCCUGUGUCACCUCGCGCUCGGCGCCAUGGUGCUCGCGUUCAGCUUCACGAGCCUGGCGUUCAGCGCCUCUGCCCGGGUGCGACAGUCCUGUCCUUUCUGGGCUGGGUUCUUCGUUGUGGCUUCUGGAAUCGUAGGAGUGAUAUCUUGGAGGAGACCCUUCACACUGGUGGUAUCACUGUUCAUGCUGCUGUCUGCCGUGUGUGUGAUUCUCAGCCUGGCUGGCUCCAUGCUGUCCUGUCAGAAUGCACAGAUGGUCAAAUCGUACCUCACCUGCCAGGUGGAGCAUGGUCUGUGUGUAUGUUGUGACCCAAAACAGACAUGCUCUUUGAUGGAGGAUGAGACUUUAGUACUCUACCUGCAUGCCGACUGCCAUUCAGUACGGCACCAGCUCAAGGACCUGCUGUUUAGUGCUUGCGGGCUUAGCAUACUGUCUACCAUCAUUUGCACUUUGUCAACGGUCACCUGUAGCAUCCAUAUUUUCUCUCUGGACUUGCUUCAUCUGCUGGCCCCUCACCGAACACGCUCAGUUAACCCAGAAUGCACCACUCCUCAGGAUGCCUUUCUCACUAAUAUGAUGGACUUCGAAGAGUUUGUUCCACCCAUCCCUCCGCCUCCUUACUACCCCCCCGAAUACACCUGCAGCUCUGAGACUGAUGCUCAGAGUAUCACAUAUAAUGGCUCAAUGGAGAGUCCCGUGCCUCUCUACCCUACAGACUGUCCUCCUCCAUAUGAAGCAGUGAUGGGGCAAAGGGACCCCAGCCAGCCCACUCACGCAGGCGAACCUUCUGCUGAGAGAGGAACCUCUGUGGCUUUCAGUGGUGAAGUGUCAGGUGACAGUGGCUCUCUGCUGAUGUCUGAGAUUGUAGAUAUUCCAGAUGACAGUUCUCCAUCAGAGGACUCAUGUGUGCUGGAGGUGGCAUUUACAGUGCGGGCACGGGCGCGAGGAGUCAGUGAGGGAGGGGAGGGUGUUGACUACAAUAUCUCACAACCUCCUACAGCUCGCUGCUGCUUCAGAGGCGAGAGGUCCUACUCCUGCUCCUCUCCCAGCACCUACAACACCUCCUCCUUUAGGUCUCCAGUAAUGCGACGCCAGGCCCUGCUUGCCUAUAGUUGUUCUCAGUUAGAGAUGCUAGGUGGUGCUGCCUCCACACGCUCCUCAGUCCCAGAAAUCCUGGUGUGUCCGUGUACUUCAUCUCGACGAGGCUCUUCCUCUGAUGCAACCAAUCCACGAGCUUUGCCCACCUCAGGUGUUACCCGAGAUCACCAGUGCAGCGUGGCUCCCGGGCUCCACCCAGUCUCUUGUGCCCAUCGGCGAUGUGGCCGGGACAGUAGGGACAGUGAAGCCCUCCUUCAUUUGGUGAGGUCACACAGUGAACCAGGACUGAGCUCCUCCACUGAUACAGGUGAUUUUACUGGCUCAGUAGGCAGCAAAGGAGUGGGUGAGGGUGGCUCUUAUACCUCAUCAGACACAGGCCGAUUGUCAGCUUGUCUGCUGCUGCAGAGAUCUCCUCUGGUGUCCACUGGUACGCUGCCCAGGAAGGGAAGCCUGAAAGCUGCCACAGAGCAGCUACCCUCCAAACAGCCGCUGACCAGCUCUUUGCGCGUCCAGAAAGGCUGCACUCGAUCUUUGGGAGACCUCAAGGUGACAAGAGUGCUGGUGCAGCGCUUACUACAGAGGUCCAAAAGAAAUCUAGUGCCUGCCUCCGAGCAUGCUGGGAACUGUGGUCAGAGACCCAAAAAGAGAGUGGGAGGGGAGGGAAGCCUCCCAUUGGAUCAGGUCUUGCGUGCCUCUUGGGGUGCCAGCAGAGGGCAGCAAUACCAGCAGCGUUCCCACCACCAUCGCCGUGGACACCACCAUUCUCACAGCGAGGGGUACCCUGUCAUCCGUCACAGUGAUCCUGACCCUGCGAGGACAGAGGGCAUCCACCUGCGCAGCUGCGGCGACCUGAGCUCUAUGUCAGCCGUGUCAUUGCACCGGCUCCACCCACAUGCUCAUAUAUCAUCUGGAGCGCUGCAGUUCGACUCCCCCCUCUGAGUGAAGGUGGGGCUUGUUUAAAGCAGAAAUAAAGUGGAGAGGAGAGGUUGUUGGCUGAGGGAGAUCAGAGGUAAACGAGAUGGUAACUGAGAAAAACCUCGUCUCACCAUGACUAUUUAACAGUCAACAGAAAGACUUAAGAAUGGGGAAAUGUAUCAUUUGGGAUUAUACAGGUGGAGUUAAGAUGUAAAGGACAUUCUUGACUUUCGUUAAUUCUGAUAAAUCAUCUUAGAAAACUUGAGAAAUCUGUGAUAUCCUCUCACAAAUACUGAGAUAUCCUGAGAAAACAUCGGAGAAAUCCUUUGAAGAAUCAUUAGAGAAAUCUUUUGAGAAAACCCUCUGAGAAGUGCUGACAGAUCCCUUUAUAUAAUAUGGACUCCAGAACCUUGGCUGCCAGUGCCUCAACAACAUGGUGGUGUUCUGCCUUUCUCAGCCUCCUCCUCUUCUUUUCUGUCUGUCCAUCCUGUCGAACUCACGAUUCUCCCUCACUGUGACUCUACAGAACUGUCAGAGGAGAGUGUGAGGAAGUGGCAUAUCUCCCACAGUGCUUCCAGUCACUACACACAAAGCUUCCAUCAGAAAAAAUUCCACACUGUUUAUAUGCAUAUCUCCGCUUGGUUUUGUUAAAAGCACUGAACUCUUUCUGUGGGUUUUAUAGCCUGUUCUGGACCUGUGUGGAUCUAGCUGAAAGAUCGUGAAUCUCAAAGGGCCAUUACACUGUAUAAAGCAAUGUCUUACUUAUAUGAGACAUUUUUGGUUUGGUAUUUAGUUCAUCUCUUUUUAACCAUUGAUCUAGAUAAUGUCAUAACGUAGAGCACUGACAUGUAGUACUGUCAGUCAGUCCUUAGAAAACACUGAACAGUGCAGCAUAAAGCAAAAUUAUCUCCAACCACACACACAAACCCUUAUCACUCCCGAUCUAUAUAUCAUUCCGUUUAUGAGCAAAAGUCAAAUAAAAUGCACUGGCUUUAUUUGCGUAAGCGCAUGCUUUUUUUUUUUUAACUAAGUAACAGAGUGUAAUAGUAGUAUUGGUUAUUUGCAUCUUUUUCUUUGUUUGAAUUGGACUCUUGUUACUGUGCAACAUUUGCUGAAAUAUUUUUUUUUUUUUGCAUGUGAGAUUAUUCCUUGUUUUUUGUUGACACAAAAAAAAAAUUGUGAACUAUGUGUCAGCAUGAUUGAGGAAUGCUGCUGAAGUUAAUACAUGAUGAAGCUCUGGCAAUAAAUGAAUAAACACAAUGCACUGCAUAGCUACAAAGUACACUAUAAUAAGAAAUACGGGGCAAUCAUUGUAAAAUAAAAUGUCUUUUAAAUGUUACAAUUGGGCUUAUGAUGAGUUUAAAGAACUAAUUACUCUUAGAAUAUUUCUUCUAUCCCAAUACUGUUUUCAUCACGUUUUUUUUUUUUUUACUUCCUCUUGACUUUGUAUGUACAUAACAGUUACGUUCCAUGAGUGUCCACUUCUAAGCACAAUGAAGCUGAAGGAAUUUUCUUGGAAUUAUGUACAUUAAUUUUCCUUUUAACUAUGUAAAUGGCCAUAUAUGGUCAUAUAAGCUUGCCACUAAGCUAGUAUGCUGAUUAACUACUUAGCAUAAUAAUCUAAUUGAAGUUAUGUUGGCUAAAUAGUUGGCUACAUAUUAAACUAAAAUGGACUGUGGCAAAGCAGAUUUUUUUUUUUUUUUCGAAAUAUUAUGUAAUAAAGUUAUCUUCAUAGCAUA